AAAAAUAUCACCAGCCUUGUAAGGGGAGCUUGUUCCUUUUCUCGUCGCAAACAUCACCGUCUGCUCCUUCCAACCUCAUUUCCAUCUCCGUUGAUACCCAAUUCCUCCCCUCGACGACCACCCGAACCGAGCACCCGGUCACUCACCCGACGACGAACCCCCGAGCCCGAUCGUCCCCCCCCUGCGACUUUCAAUCGCCCAAUCUCCAUCUCGCGAUUACCUCGACAACAAACUAGCAUGGCUGCCCCGCGUCCAUACAACAACAACCCGGGCUACAUGCCCAACGGAGCUUCCUCGAUUCCUCCUGGAGCUGCGCCUCUCCUCCCCAACCAGGGUCGCGUUAUCCAGACUGGCCCCAUCCGAGUUCUGUGCAUAGCUGAUGUUCGAGGAAACCUCACAUCCCUCAACGACCUGGCAAGACAAGCACGAGCCGAUCACAUCAUCCACACUGGCGACUUUGGCUUCUACGACGACACCUCCUUGGAGCGAAUCGCAGAAAAAACCCUGAAGCAUGUUGCUCAAUACUCUCCCCUGAUUUCCGAGCCCGUCAAGAAGGCCAUCCAGCAGGGCGGCCCCGGACCCGUCAAGAGCCGAUUCCCUGCCAACGAGCUUCCCCUCUCCGAGCUCUCUCUACUCUUGAGCGGCGAGAUCAAGCUCGAUAUCCCAGUAUACACUGUAUGGGGUGCUUGCGAAGAUGUCCGCGUUCUCGAAAAGUUCCGUUCCGGAGAGUAUAAGGUACACAACCUGCACAUCAUCGACGAGGCCCGCUCGAUGCUUCUCGAGCUCGGUGGAGUCAAGCUGCGCCUCUUGGGUCUUGGUGGUGCUGUUGUCAUGCACAAGCUCUUCGACAAUGGCGAAGGAAGAACUACGAUCGCCGGAGGUCAGGGAACUAUGUGGACUACCUUGUUGCAGAUGGGCGAACUUGUCGACACUGCGCACCGAGUUUACGACCCAACCGAAACCCGCGUCUUCGUCACCCACGCCUCUCCUGCCCGUGAGGGUAUUCUGAACCAGCUUUCCGUCACCCUCAAGGCCGACUUCUCCAUUUCCGCUGGACUCCACUUCCGUUACGGCAGCUCCUACAACGAGUUCAGCGUAAACCCCACCCUCGACCACUACCGCGGCAAGCUCGCUGCCUCCAAGGCCUCUUUCAACGAUGUUUGGGAGACGGUCAAGAACGAGGUCGAGCCAGCCAUCUCUCAGAACGAGGGCCAGCAGAACCUGCUCAAGAACGCCCUCCAGAUUGUCGAGAAGAUGCCCACUACUGCUGCGGGAGGUAACCCCUUCGGCGGUCCCGUUGCCGGCCAGGCACAACUCGGCCAGGUCGACGAGAGUGCUUUCAAGAACAUGUGGAACUUCAACUUGGCUGAUGCCGCAUUCGGAUGGUUGGUGCUUGAGAUUCAGGAUGGACGUAUCGGAACUGAGAUGCGCGCCCAAGGCUUCAACUUCUCACACAGAGGUGCCAAGGCCGCUGCGCCUGUUCCCGCCGGACCUGCUGGCGCUGGCAACCUGCCUGCCCCGGCUCCGCCUUCCACUCAGACUACGGUUCCCCCGCCCACCAGCAGACAGCCGUCAUCCCAAGCACCUCCCAAGCCUGCGGUCGCAACACCCCUGCCAUCAGCUAAGCCUGGAACUCCUCAACCUGCUGCUGCGGCACCACCUGCGGUCCCUCCCAAGGACGAGCGCCCUGCGCCUGCGGCUGCUAACGGAUCAGCCAACGGCCCUGACCCCGUCUCUUCUCCCGCACCCAAGACACCUGCUCAAGAUAUUGUCGGUCUUUUCAUUAUGAAUGUGAACUCCGAGGAGCAGACUCGUGAUCUUUUCGACGGCGAGCACAAAAACAACAUCCUCAAGGUCGAGAAAUGGGGCAACUCCAACAAAGUUGUCAUGUUCAAGACGAUUGAGGAACGUGAUGCUGCUCUGAACAGCCUUCCCGAAGACCUCAAGACCCGGGCUCAAGAGGACCGGUCUCGUCCCCUCGUCAAGGUUUUCCAACACCGCGAGAGCAAGUUCCAGCCCCGCGGUGGUGCCGGCAACUGGGGCAGCAGCAGGGGCGGUGGUAACUCUGCAAACACUGGCAGCGGCUACCGCAGUGCCGGUGGCGCCAGUGAUUCCGAGAGCACCCGUCGUGGCGGCCGUGGUGGUGGCCGAGGUGGACGAGGAGGCGAGCGCGGAGGACGUGGAGGACGCGGUCGCGGUGGCCUCAAGGGCGAAGGCGGCGCCUCCCCCGCCCCCGGUCCUGCUACCCCGGCAGAGUAG